AUGGCACCUCACAUACCCUCCUCAAAAAUCACGGUCUCGUGUCCUCUAUUUGGCGCCGAUUUCGACCCUCAAAAUAAUGGCCGUCUGUUGGUAGGUGGAGGUGGGGGUGAAGGGCGCAGCGGUGUUGGGAACAAGAUUUUUCUACUUAACACAGCACAUCCAGAUAGGACUGCUGAGCUUGUCGACAUCACCCUAUCACGAGAUGAAGACUCUGUAAUGUCGCUAGGCAUAGCGCAGUCUAGCCAUGAUUCCCUCGUAGCCUUUGCCGGAAUAAACAGCUCCCAAGCCGAACAGAGACAGAACAAUAACCAGCACUUACGGUCAUUCAAAGUAAAGUACCCGAAGCAAGGCGACCAGAAGUCUCCGUCAAACACAGAACAAUCCUCACAAAGUACGCCACUAUCGCGUAUAUCGCUAUUUCGGACCACUGCUGUGAAGGGUAAAGAGGACCAAGAGGCAUACCAGAGGAUUCUGCGGUUGUCGCCUUGGAGAGGCGAUUCUCCUCGAAUAGCUGCGAUAGCAACUGGCCUGGCACCGCAAGGCGAGAUCGUCUUGUUUAAUGCCAAUACCCUGACGCCCCAGGAAUCCGAUGUUUUGGGGCGAGUUUCCUUAGGCAACCAGGAAGAGGCCGAGGAUCUGGACCUAUCGGAUACAGGCUCCGACGGAAAUUUCAAUUUUAUAUAUACUAAUGGAUCCUCACUACAUAUGUGCGAGGUAUUGUUAAAAACGAAGACCAAGUCUUUGGAGUUUCGAAGCGUGUAUACCGUUCCACCGGAAAGCGGGAAGAAGCCGAAAAUCCGCGCCGUCCGAUUUCUCACACCCACCUCCGUCGCUUUACUAAUAAACUCUCCGAAUCGUUCAGGAUGUGAACUGGCUGUACUAUCUUUGAAAGAUUCGCCGCCGUUGAUAAAACGAAGGCGGAGGCUUCAUGGUUCCAUGAAGAUCGGUGUAGGUUUGGAUGUUUGCCACUUGAGUCCCUCAUCUACGAAUGAACAGCAGCACGUUUUUGCUGUAUCUGGCAAUAACCAAUCUAUUGAACUCUUUACGAUCGACUACUCACCAGACCGGGGCUACGGAAAAAUCUACCACUAUGUUACUCUUCGAAAUUUACAUCCUUUCUCUAUGACUAAAAUUGUGUUUUCGAAUUUCAUCCAUCCCUCCCACCCUGACGCAGCAAAGGUACCUCCCCAGUAUAUCAAGCUCGCUUCCGUUAGCGUUGGAAACACGGCUGUGGUGCACACGCUGCCCCUUUCCCCAUACCCAGCAGACUCUAAACGUCCGCGUUACGUCCUCGUUAUACCUGGGCCAUCAGAGAUCUUACAAAAUCUAUUCAGCAUAAUUAUGGCAAUAAUUGUUAUUGCCCUGGGGGCUUUUCUUCUGCAGGCAUAUACUGAACUACAAGGCGAUGUUCCUCCAAUAUUAGGUGUGAAAGAAUGGCUGCCUAAGUUGAUGCCUCGCAACUAUUUCGAUAAUGCGUGGGAGCUAUGA